UGUCAAUCAUAUUCAUUGUUUCCUACCGUUUCCUACCGUUUUAUUCACUAAGUCCACUUCUAUAUAUUUUUAUACUGUUUUAAACUGUAUUCAUAUUUUUUUUCCAUCCUCUGAAGCAAAAACAUAGGCUUUUGAAAUUAUUUAUUUGUCGAGGAAGCGCCCACGUCACGUGACGAAAGCAAGCGCGGGCUUAUUGGAAGUGGCACGCGAGGCAGGCAGUGGAACAUCCGAAGCGUUCUGGUUUUCUGUGUACAAGGGUUAAAUCAGACUAGGAGAGCAGCAAAUGAAAUGGAAAGCUACCUCUGCAGCAGUCUGAACACAGCACCUCUCUCUGCAGCUGCACAGAGCAUCAUAGCAGCUCUUCGGGUCCAAUAUGUGCCCAAAACAGACAGAAGUAGAGCUAGCUUAUCUGGUAGAGCGUUUGGACUGUCUCACCAGCAGGCCAAAGAUGACAGAACUCAAGAUUUGUUUGCAGGGAAAAACAGCAUUGGGAGCAAUCAGGCUAGACCAGGCAUAGUGACUGAAGCGGAGAUCCAAAGACUGACCUUCAGGAAGAGGAAUUGGAUUCAACCAGCAAGCCCCUCUGAAAAAGACUCAGUAGGUUGUGAUCAACAUGGGGCACCUCCAGUAAAAAAGUUAAGCUUUGAGCAUCUUGCAUUGCCUAUUACCAACUGUUAUCCAGCGUCUGAAGAAGAAAAGAGUACUGAUAUUGUGGACAAGCAAAAGAGGACUGGAAAUAUAGCGCCAUUUUGGAGUUGUCGAUUGGGUUUGAGAGUAAAAGAUAGCAGUGAUUCUGUUUUUGAAGUCAUCUCAAAUGAGGCCAGAGCUAAACAAGGGUUCAGACAAGUGCAGCAUAUUAGUUUUAUGUCUAAUGUAGAGAAUCCAACAUCUAAGUUUGAGGAUCUGGACAGCAGCCGUUACUGGCAAAAUAGCGAACACUCUGAAUUGUUACUUCCAAUGGAAAGCUAUGUACACGCAGAAAGACAAAGAAUUGCAUCUGUCCUUGAAUGUGUGCACGACACUCCUGUUAGGUCAGGUGAAAUACUGGACUCAGUGGAGGAAAAGGAAGGCAGUGGUUCUGAAAGAAGAGAGAUUACCAAGAGCAGAACAAGUUCUCCCCAGCCAUAUGCAAAUACAAUUCUAAUGCCUGUUGGAGAGAGAGAUGGGAAGGUGGAAUCCUCUACCAAUAAUGGAGUGCAGCACAGUAUCCAGCCCCACUUUCAGGCUGGUGAGAUGACAUCAUUUCCAAAGCAUACUGGGAAAAGGGAACUCUCUGGAGCCUCACAGAAAGCUCCUAACAUCACUUCAUCACAGGAGUUUCGCAAAAAAACACUCAGAGCACUCAGGUUCCCCUCUCAGCUCUUCCACAAGGCAAAAGUAAAGGGCUCAAUAAAACUACUAAAACCAAAACUUCCACAGCCUAACGUUAAGAGGCAGAGACAUCCUCUCAAACCCCUGAAAGAAUUAAAGAGUCAAGAAUGCAAUAAAUCGGAUCACUCCAAAUCCCCCAAGCUCUCUGAUUCAAGCCGAUCAGGACCCAAGCAAAGCAAUGACAUGACUUCAGAAACGGACAGAAAAGAAGAUGGAACCACAGCAACCUCAAAAGGGACCUUUAGUCUGUCCUCUGAUCCCAGGGUGUGUGACUCAAGCCAUCUCUCACAAGAGAAGAGAGAGCGCUUGUUAGAAGAAGCAGGAAAAGUAAAAGCAUUUGUUGUUACUAUGGUAUACCAAGAUGGUACCAUACAAUUGGACCCAGAACAGAAGCUGUACCCUUCAGUGUGUGGCCUGCUGGUUCUGCUAAAGAGGGAUUUGAAUUCAGAGGGACUGCAGCACAGACCACCAGAUAGGGUGCUGUACCUGAGACUAGAGCAGGCACCAGCUUGGGCCCAACAAGACUUUACACAAAAGCAGGAUGCCUUUACCAGAGAGAUGCUCAUGCAGAUGAUGUGUCACACAAAGCCAUUUGUAUGCUUUAAAGCUAAAGACCUGCUUCUCACAGCACUAAAACACUUCAGCAAAGACUUGAGCUGGAAACAAGUGUUGAGGUGUCAUGUGAUGGAUCCUCAGAUUGCAGCGUGGUUGUUAAACCCUGCCGAUUCUGCAACCUGCUUUCAGACCCUGCUUUCCAAACACUACACGUAUUCAGUUGCGUCCACAUCACUGCAACCUGUUCUUGGGCAAGCCAAGGUGACUCAAGUGAUCUCAAACUUGUCUCUUUUAUAUAAUCUAAUGGUGGAACUACAUAACAAGCUUCAGACUCAGGGGCUGUGGCAGCUCUAUUCUGGCGUAGAACAAAAGAUGAUUCCAAUUCUGGCAGUAAUGGAAAGCUAUAAAAUGCAUGUGGACAUAGAGGCCAUGAAAAAUACUUCAGAGUUGCUAGGGUCUAAGCUAAAGCAGUUAGAGCAGGAGGCUCACCAAGCUGCAGGUCAGAAGUUCUUGGUGUCUAGCAGUGCACAACUUAGACUGAUCCUAUUCGACAAGCUGCGUUUGCAUGAACUUUGUGAGAAUAAAAAGCUUCCUAAAACAAUCACGAAACUGCAGUCCACGUCAGAAACAGCACUAUUACAACUACAGAAGCUGCAUCCACUGCCCAAAAUUAUACUUGAAUACAGACAGAUUCACAAAAACAAGACUGCAUUUGUGGAUGGCAUUCUGUCUUGCAUGAACAAGACGUUCAUUUCUUCCACAUGGAAUCAGACAAGUACAGUGAGCGGCAGACUGUCUGCUAAACAUCCUAAUUUUCAAGCUCUUCCAAAGCAGCCACUGCAGAUUUGUAAGGAACAGUACAUCCAAGGAAAGAUCUCUGACAUAGUGACGGUCCAUCCACGUGCCAUGUUCAUUCCACAAGAGGGUUGGACUUUCCUCUCUGCAGAUUUCUGUCAGGUGGAGCUGCGUCUCUUGGCUCACCUGUCAGCUGACCCACAGCUGGUGAGAAUCUUUCAAAACACUGAAGCAGAUGCCUUUACCAUGCUGGCAGCCCAGUGGAAUGGUGUGAGUGAGGACAGAGUUAGCCUAGAGGACAGAGAGCAUGCCAAGUGUAUCGUCUACUCUCUGGUUUAUGGAGCUGGAAGAGAGCGGUUGUCUGGUAUUCUGGGUGUGAGUGCAGUAGAGGCCAGUCGUUUUCAGGACACUUUCCUACAGACAUACAGAGAGGUGCCGGCGUUCAUCCAGCACACCAUCCAGCACUGCCGCAAACACGGUUUUGUCAAGUCCAUAAUGGGAAGGCGCCGUCCCCUUCCUCAUAUUCACUCCACUGACUGGAGCCUUCGGAACCAAGCAGAGAGACAGGCUGUCAACUUUGUACUACAAGGCUCAGCUGCAGACCUAGCCAAAAUGGCAAUGAUCAAAAUCUGCUCUCAAGUGGCUUCUGCCUCUUACACUGCCAGGCUGGUGGCUCAAAUCCAUGAUGAGCUGCUGUUUGAAGUGGAGAUCUCACAGUUGGAGCAGUUUGCUGUGUUGGUGAAGAAGACCAUGGAAUCUCUUCAGCGCAUUGAAAAUUUGGGAGUGAAUCUCUCUGUGCCCCUCAAAGUCUCAUUGUCCACAGGACCAUCAUGGGGUUCACUGUGCGACAUGAACCUCCCCUGCAGCACUACAGCUACUUCUCUCUGAGUCUCCCGCUCUUCCUCUCCAUCCCGUAACUAUGGUAACCGGGCAGCUGCAGUUCCCAAUUCUUGUUUCUCGUUGAUGUAUCUGAGGGCAAUGGUAGGAGCAAGCUGGAUCGUACCAGUUCUUUUGGGGGGUGGGGGCUUCUCUUGAUUCAUUUUUAUCCUUUUACUGUUUGAUUCAGUUCUUCUUCUCCCUGUUAGAAGCUAGUAUGAAAAUUGAAAUGGCUAUUAAAUCUGGGUUUUUUGUUCAUUUACACUGUUUCUACAUCUUAUGUUGACAUGCUUUUCACAAAUAAGAAAUAGGGGGCCUUUGACAUAAAAACAACUUAAUUUCAUACGUUUUAUUUGGUUUUUGAGCUUGUGGUGCUGCUAUCUGCUGUAAUGAAACGUCUGUCUCCUGAUGAAUAUUAAUAAACUCAGUCCUCAUUUAGUGAGUCUCGCUCACUCCAUUUUAGACCUGUUAAUCUGAUCUCUUCCGCUUUCACGGCACCUUGCAACUCACUUAGCAGCAACCCACUGGCCUUUCGCUGUAUCUCUGUCUCAUGUGUACACAGUCCACAUACACACUGACCCAGAUUUUCAGUGUCCGUCUGUGGCGUUAUGUCUUCUGUGCCCCCUCGCAAUACACUCUUAUCAAUACAAACACCCUUGAAAAAUCUUUCAGUCGUGGUUCUUGUUGCUGUUGUGUUUUCACAGGCGGUAACGGCACAGAUGGCUAUAGCCCCCUCUGAAUGUCAUGAUAUCCCUGAAAGCCUAUUCUUAAAGGUCUGGUGCUGAAAGUAGAAACAUAUUACCCUGCUAGGUCAUGAUCUGUCUGUUCUCUUAAAGUCAUUAAUUAAUGCUCAGCAUCACUGAGAUUUGGUAUAAGAGAAGAUCCUUUAGGAUGUGUAAUGGGGGGUCAGUAAUGAGAUUAGUGGUAUGUUUUAAACAAAUUAUUGAGUGUUCCAUAUUACUUAAGGCCAAGGACUGUAAUACAGUGGGCCUGUUUACAUUUGGUCACUUAAUGCAUUUUCUCUGAUCAGAUAUCUGAUUUAUUAAAACUGUAUCAAUUAUUUACGCUUCGCCUCCUAAAAGUGUCUUUGCAAAAUGGAUCCAUAUCCAUUCCUUAAUUCCCUACGCUAUAUGUAAAUUAAACAAAUUUAACAAAAGUUCACAUCAACAAAAGCAGAUAUUUUUAUUCACCACCAAGGCCUAAACAACAAAAUGAAGAUAAUGUGUGUUGAGCAUCUAAGUCUUUAUUUUUUUUAGUUUGUGCUCUGGUUUGCUAAAGAAAUACUCAGCUACUUAUCUGUAGCGACUGUAUUAGUUGUAUUAGUGCUGUCACAUCUGGCUAUGACAUAUUAUAUGUCCUGUAACACAGCUCUCAUACGUUUAUUAUUUUAAUAUUUUGUGAUUAGUAAAAUUUGCAUGUGUAACAGCCAGAUGCAUUUCCAUUUUACACUAAACGGUUUGAGCGAUCAAGACCGUCUCUGAAGCUUUUCAGAGAGCAUUUCACCUGGUCUUUUUUAGGAUCGGAUAGCUAUUGGAUCAGAGAAAACGCAAUGAAGUGACUAGGUAUAAACAGGCCCAAAGUUCUGACUUUGUUUUGACUGAAAUCAAAGGUCUCUUCAAAGACCACUGCUGUCGAUUCACGUUUCAAACUAUAUUGCCAUAGGAUAAGGUAAGCAAUAGUUUUGCCCUAAUUCAACUAGUUUGUAACUUUUGUGUGUGCAUUUGUUGCUUUUAAAACUUGUUCAGACACACAUGUACAAGCUUUAUGAAUCGUUCCUUUAAUUGAUACAGUAUGUACAUCCUUUUCUUUCAUAAAUCAGGAAAACUUUUCUUUACAUCUUUACAAAGUUCCUGUGUACUGAGGAAAUGAAAGAAAAGGGGGGUAACUUAAACAGCAGUUUAAAAUAAACUCCAAAGGAAACUCAGGCAGUACAAUGAUUUCAGACUCAAAGAACCAGGUGAUCACUGCAACCAAACAGGCAGAGCAAGGUCAGAUUCACCAUAAUGAAACCCUCAAGCUCAGUUCUACUCAUCCCUCAUUAUUAUACUAGACUCGGCCCCAUUUGUGGCUCCUGACCCUGCCUCCAUGUAUGGCUGCAUAUCAUUUCCCUGCUGUGCUUUGUGUGGGCUUGUUUCUAUAGUAACAGGCAGCCAAUGACUGAAAUGUGACCACGCUGACAUAAAUGGGGCAAGUAAUACCAACUUACUCCAGAAAUUGUAAACAUGAGCAAAGAAAAAGUGUUACUGCCAACAUGUGAAGUUAUCUUUUAAGUGCCAUACAUUUCCAAAGUAUUUCCAGGGAUUUACCCGUAAAUUAGCAGUAAUUUACAAUAAUUAGUAACCCACCAGCACUUUACAAUGCUUCUAAAAGCCCAUAAUAAGUCCUUAGAGGAUACAGGGUCUCUGAAAGUUGCUAUUGCUCUGACUGGCACAAACAUAAGCUGAUUGUAUAGUUAGAAUUGUGUCUCAGUUUGCAGUUGUUUCCCAAAGUGUAUUGUUGUUGUUUUUUUCUUUUUUGUAAACAUCUUAGUUAUAUUCAUAUAGUUUCUGUUACAAAAUGAUCAUAAAAUGUCCCCAAAUGCUAUUUACAGUAAAUUACACUUUACAGCUUUACACAUAUUAAAAUGUUAAUAAAAAAGGUUAAUUGUUUUUUAUUUCAAGAAAAAUCAUAAAAGCUUUAUUAAUAUGAACCUGUGCGUAUUGCGCCAUUUGUAAAACUGGUUGCGUGGUUUAGAUUUCUCAUGUUUUGAUCAUUGUCACAGAUUUUUGGAGACUGUACUCCUUGUGAAUCAGGAGACAGUGGAUAUUUGAGACUGAUCAAUCGUGGUUCAGAGCUUGGCGCAACUUUCAGAGGCCCAUGACACCCAGUCACAAAGGUUUUUUACUUAUUUUUGCAGGCGUCACAUCAGUACAACAUAAACACCGUAAACUGAAGAAUUCAAGAUGCAAGUAAACAUGUUAGUUGUAAUUAGAAUCGAGAAAAUAUAAAACAUAAUGAGAAUAUACAAAAAAAUAAAAUUCACAUUCACACCUUGUCAGGCCUUGGCUUGCCUGUGGUGAUGUUGCUGUGCCAAUACUAAUAACAUCUGAGCGACUGUCACCAGUAAAGUAUGAGGGAUUGAACAUCAAUGCAGCAUUUUAACAUUUUUAUAAUCUCAUGGAUCUUAUGUGUUAUUUUUUUUCAACUGUGAUUCUUUGUAUUAUUGCUUGAUAAAAUGGCACAUAGGCUUGAUUUCCAAAUGAAUUCUACAAAGAAGAGUUGUGACAACAUCUUAAAAGACAAACGGCAAAAGAAAUGUAAUGAAAUACAGCAAAUAUCUCGACUUUGGCAAUCAUGAAUUCAAAAAAAUACUGUUAAUGCAUUGUAGUGGAUCGUAGAUAAGCGUACGAGACAAACUUAUUUAGAAAAAGAAAAUAACCAUACAAUUGUGCAACAAGUGCCACUAACUCCUUGCCACUUGAAGCCACAAUUAAGGGAGUGCUUUCAAACUAGAAAAUAAAGGGAGAAGGGAGCAGCUCCACACUUUGAUGCAUUGGCUUGAUCCAUGCAUCACCUAAAGGGUGUCAGUGAUGAAGCAGGUCCAUCUACCAUUGUGGAUUUUCUCGGACUCCCUUCUCCUCCGUUAAGUCAAACAUUCUUAGCAGCCAUCUCUUUCAUGCAGGUUACCAAGGUCAGUCUGAAUGCCUUAUCCUCAACUGUUCUUUCAAACGAACACUAGAAAUGUAUAUACAAAGAAUGCACUUUAUUUCUGUGUUGUUGUUGUUGUUUUUUUUUUUUUUUUUUUUUUUUUUUUUUUAAGACUUGGGUAAAACCCCA